AUGCCUCCUAGCAAACCCAAGGCGAACAAGGCCGGAAAGGGAAGCGACGUGUUCACCGAAGAGCAAAAUGACCUGUUUAAGAAACAUGUCAAGACACACGGCCCUGAAAACCGCAAGGAAAUCGCGUCCCUCCUCAAGGCAUUGAACCUUGAUGGGUACGAUAACGUUCUUACGAACGACGGGGCCAACUUCGGCCGCAUUGUGGACAUCAAGGUAAAGCGCAAGCUAUAUGCUGUGGCCUCGAAUUAUACGACAGGCUUGAAGAAAGUCAAAACAGAUUCUGAUGACGACGCCGCGGUCCAUAACAUGACGACGCCACUCCAAGCCUCGGGCCCAUCUAAGGGUACCAGUCACAAGGAUACGAACAAGGACACAGGUCCCCCGACGACAGACGACGAUGAUUGGAAGAAAACCGUGGGUCUCGCAAAAGGCCGCGCCGCUGAGUUGCACAUGGAUGUCCAUAAGCUUUGGGCCACUGUCAAGGUCUUGCCAUCUUCUGGAGAGCUCAGAGAUGUGACACGCCAGAUCAUCAAUGCUAUCAAGAAUUUUAGCGAAGCACUCGAUAAGCAUCAACGGGCCAUUGAGACUGGCGAGGUGAUGAGCCUGGAUUGA